AUCUUCUGGGGUCCGGUUGACUCUUUCACGUGCAAGAGCCAUGUCGAUCACCUACGUUUUUUCAGACGACUACUUCGCCUAUAACAGCUCUGUCGUAUUCGACGUGAAUCCAAAGACGAUACCAUGCGAGCUGGAGCCGCUGCAAACCCCGGUUGCCCUCUCCCUGUGUGUGAUCCUCAUUGUCAUCUUCCUGCUGGCGAUCCCUGGAAACAUGCUGGUGGGUAUCGCUGGUCCGAGGUUGGAUUUUGGAGACUUCAUGUGCAAAUUCCUCAACCUUGUCAUCGAGGCCAACUUCUACACCAGCAUCAUCUUCCUGGCCUGCAUCAGCAUCGACCGCUACCUUGUGAUCGUGCACUCCAACGAGACCCUGAAGGGUCGCCACAGGUGCAGCAGGCUCCUGUGUGCGGCGGUCUGGGCCCUCGGCUGGGCCCUGGCUCUGCCCGCACUCUUCCACGACGCCUUCCAGCCGGAUCCCGACUCGCCAGUCUUCGCCUGCUCCGAGACCUUCGACAUCGGCAGCGCCACCAUGUGGAGGCUCGCCACUCGCGGUUUCCGCCACAUUUUUGGCUUCCUGGUCCCUCUGGUCGUCAUGGUAACCUGCUACACCAUCACCGUCACCAGGCUGUUGCACACCCGAGGUUUCCAGAAGCACCGGGCCAUGCGGGUGAUCAUCGCCGUGGUGGUGGCGUUCCUCCUGUGCUGGCUGCCGUACCACAUCACCAUGGUGGUGGACACGCUGCUGAGGGCGGAGCUGAUCAAGCCCGACUGCACCACGAGGAAGGCGGUGAACCUGGCUCUGGUGGUGACCAACACUCUGGCCCUGCUGCACAGCUGCAUCAAUCCUUUCCUCUACGCAUUUGUGGGCGAGAAGUUCAGGGAACGGAUGAAAGUGCUUCUUCGGAGAAAGCUUAGACAGGAAAGGUUGUCGAUCUCAAAGAUCAGCAGAACUACGUCUCAGACCUCAGAAGGGGCUGGAACCAUUAGCUGAAUGCUUGGUACCUCAAAACGAAAGACACAAAUCAAGGAAGUCGUGAUUUCAUUGUGUCUGCUAUUUGCAGAAGUAUUGGGAGGUCCUCCCUUGUCGUGGCCACAGCUCAACCUGAGCUCUACCCUGUUUCCUGAUUUGGAUUUUGCCAGUGCUAAGCAUUCGGGUUAUGAUUCGCAUUCACAUAGCUGAAAGACACUCAGGCCUCGCUGACAAAACACUGCUUUGUCAAAUGUAUUCAGUGUACUGCACUCGAUCCCCGCUGACAGUCAUGACUGUUCACCUGCCUGUCACAGGGCAAAGAUGGCAAGCCAAAAAAACAGAAGCUUCUACAGCACAAAAAUACUGAAACCAACCUAAGAAUGUAUUACAUUUAAGUUUAUAUCACUUGCAGGGCUGAAUUUCACGUUCCUGAAGAACUAUCCACCCUCUGGAGUGGUUAUUUGCUUUAUGAAGGAUUUCUUGGUCUGUUUACUUGUACUUGCUCAGCGUCCAACUGUCUUCAUUGUGUUACGCUGCUGCCCUCUGUUGGUGUGACUCUGGUGAUACUUUGGAUCCAGUUCAUAUAUUUUCCUGCUUUCAGUUGCUUCAUAUUGCAAUUACAGACAGGCUUCAUGUACAAGGUUUCUGGGGUUAAAGGAAAUGUGAUGUCUUCUUGUUUUAACCUGUUAAUCUAUUACAAUGUAAGAUUUUCAUCAACAUACGAGAAAUUAAAAUAUAA